AAAUUUAUAAAAUUUCCAUACUUUAGUUUGAGGUUGGAUUCUCUGCCCUAGAAGUUCAAACGAGAGGAUUGGAUGAAUUUUGUCCGUAAAUGAAAUCUAAAUCCAAAUUUUGUAGUUUCAACAUUGUGAAAUGGAUGCAUUAUGUUGGAAUCAUCCAGCAAUUUCUCUGAAAGGCAGCAAAAAUUCUGAGAAUCAUGGUUUCCUUAAAUCCAAGUCGUCGUCGCAUUUUCACUGCCGAGCGGCGAUGAACAGUUCAAAUUCAGAAUCAAAACCAUCGCCACUGAAAAUCCAAAAUCGCAUGUUUAUUCUAGGGAUGGGUUUCGUUGGACAGUUCUUUGCGCAAGAACUAAAGUACUCAGGAUGGGCUGUUUCUGGGACUUGUAGAAACCCUGGGCAGAAGAUGCAACUGGAGGGAAGGGGUUUUGAUGUUUAUGUUUUUGAUGCAAAUGAUCCAGAACAGGGCACUCUAAAAGCAAUGAAGUAUCAUACUCACCUUCUUGUUUCUAUUCCACCAGAUGUGGAUGUUGGUGAUCCUCUGCUCCAGCAUGAAAAACUAUUAAGGACUACUUUACAGGGUGGAGAUCUUCGAUGGCUUUGCUAUUUGUCAUCAACAAGUGUCUAUGGAGAUUAUGGUGGUGCUUGGGUAAAUGAAGAUAACCCGACAAACCCCUCAAGUCAGUCAGGCAAGUUGAGGAUCGAAGCAGAGGAGAGAUGGCUAAAUUUGGGUAAUGAUCUUGGCCUCUCAUCUCAAGUAUUUCGGCUUGGAGGUAUCUAUGGUCCAGGUAGAAGUGCUAUUGAUACAAUAAUCAAGCAGAGAUCCUUAUCUGAGCGUCAACAACAUAGGGCACGUAGACAAUACACAUCCCGAGUUCAUGUUCAGGACAUCUGCCAAGCUCUUAAAGCCUGUAUUCAAAGGCCUUCUUCCAGGAGAGUUUACAACAUAGUUGACGACGAUCCAGCUCCAAGGGAAGAAGUUUUCUCGUAUGCUCGAGAUUUGGUCGAGAGGAAGUGGCCCGGGAAGUUCGAUUCAUUGUCGAAGCAAGUGGAGGCAAGUGUUAUUACCAAUGGGAGUGAAAGGGGUGAUAAAAGAGUGUGUAAUGUACGAAUGAAAAGAGAGCUGGGAGCGAGUCUUGUGUAUCCCAGUUAUAAAUCAGGAUUGCAAAGCAUAAUUGACCAAAUGAAAGAAGAGGAACCCUUUUGAAGGGUCUCCAAAUUUGUAGACCAUAAAUAUAUUGAAUGUCUUUUGAGUUAAACAAAAUUGUGGGAUAGAGAGUCAUUCGAAUGAUUGAACCAUGGAUCUUUGAGAUGAGAUGAUAAUUAGCACUUUAUCGAUUGAGUAA